GCCCACGGAGCACAGUUCACUUCUCCAGCCGCUCGCGGACGACGCUCGCUCUAAUGGCUUCUGUAUAACGAACCCUUUCCACCGAGAGAGGAGAAAACUAGCGAAGAAAAGACACCAACAGCGGAUGAGAAGACAGGCGUUUCUGAUCCGCUGGAGUUAAGGCUGCAUCAGGAGUCUCCUUUUUUCACUUGGAAGGAGGAGGAAACAAACUUUGAGCGGACUCUUCUGAAAGAGUGUGGUGCUGUCUACCCGUGCAUGUUCAAGGCGAGGAGCGCGUGAGAGCCGUGAGGCGGCUGUAGUAGACCCGUGUAGUUCGGAAGUGAAGCGGCAGCGGCAUGCUUUUGCCACGGAGCUCAGCGUUCGCAGCGUUUUGCCUCCAUGUCUUUUUCUUGUGCUGGCGCACGAAGGUGUGCACUGCGUCUGGACACUUCGAACUGGAGAUCCUGGCCAUGCAGAACACGCGCGGCGAGCUUCAAAGCGGCGCGUGCUGCGGGGGCGCGCGGAGCGGCGGCGCUGAGCGCGCGUGCGCGCCUGACCAAUGCGACACGUACUUCAGGGUCUGCCUCAAGGAAUACCAGUCGCGCGUGUCCGCCGCGGGCCCGUGCAGCUUCGGCACCGGGUCUACGCCCAUUCUCGGGGGUAAUACGUUCACCACCAAGGGCACGGCAGUCGCGGACAAGGCCAGGAUUGUUUUACGGUUCAGUUUCGCGUGGCCGAGGUCCUACACAUUGAUAGUGGAGGCCUUGGACUUCCAUAAUGAUACUGCUGGUGAAAGUCCAGCUGGAAGACUCAUUGAGAAGGCUUACCACUCUGGAAUGAUCAACCCAAAUCACCAGUGGCAGAAGCUGACACACAACGGUCCCAUUGCCCAGUUUGAGUAUCAAAUCCGGGUAACUUGUGAGGAACACUACUAUGGCUUUGGCUGCAACAAGUUCUGCCGGCCACGGGACGAGUUCUUUGGACAUUACACUUGUGACCAGAAUGGCAAUAAGACCUGCCUAGAAGGAUGGAUGGGCCCUGACUGCAACACAGCUAUCUGCAGGCAGGGAUGUAGCAUCGAGCAUGGAUCCUGCAAACUACCAGGAGACUGCGACUGUCUGUAUGGCUGGCAGGGCCUGUAUUGUGAUAAGUGCAUCCCUCAUCCUGGCUGUGUGCAUGGAACAUGUGUAGAACCAUGGCAGUGCCUCUGUGACACCAACUGGGGCGGACAACUCUGUAAUAAAGAUUUGAACUACUGUGGCACUUACCAGCCCUGUCUGAAAGGAGGGACAUGCAGCAACACAGGACCAGACAAAUAUCAGUGUUCCUGUGCUGAUGGCUACUCUGGAACCAACUGUGAGAGAGCGGAACGCGCCUGCCUUUCCAACCCAUGUGCUAAUGGUGGAAGCUGUAAGGAGAUUAGUCAGGGUUAUGAGUGCUCAUGCGCAGCUGGCUGGAGCGGCCCGUCCUGCAAUAUCAAUGUAGAUGACUGUACACCAAACCCAUGUAACCAUGGAGGCACUUGCCAGGAUCUGGUUAAUGGAUUUAAAUGUAGCUGCCCCUCACAGUGGAUUGGCAAGACAUGUCUGAUUGAUGCCAAUGAGUGUGACGACAAGCCUUGUGUGCACGCAAAAUCCUGCCGCAACCUGAUUGGUGGAUAUUUCUGCGAGUGUCUCCCAGGGUGGACGGGUCAGAACUGCGACAUCAAUAUCAAUGACUGCCAGGGCCAGUGCCUGAAUGGAGGAACAUGCAGGGAUUUAGUGAACGGCUACCGUUGCGUCUGUCCGCCUGGAUUUUCGGGCGAGCACUGCGAGAAGGACGUUGACGAGUGUGCUAGUAGCCCUUGCCUUAAUGGAGGCCGAUGUGAGGAUGAAAUGAAUAGCUUUCAGUGCCUGUGUCCUGCUGGCUUCUCUGGUCAACUUUGUCAGCUUGAUAUUGAUUACUGUCGGCCCAGCCCCUGUCAAAAUGGCGCGCUGUGCUUCAACCUGGCGUCUGACUACUUCUGCAAAUGCUCGGACGACUAUGAGGGCAAGAACUGCUCUCACCUCAAGGACCAUUGCCGCACCACUUCAUGCCAAGUGAUUGACAGCUGCACAGUAGCUGUUGCAUCCAAUAGUACACCAGAGGGGGUACGCUAUAUCUCCUCCAAUGUGUGUGGACCUCAUGGUCGCUGCAGGAGCCAGGCAGGGGGCCAGUUCACCUGCGAGUGUCAGGAAGGCUUCAGAGGCACUUACUGCCAUGAGAAUAUAAAUGAUUGUGAGAGUAAUCCAUGCCAAAAUGGUGGAACAUGCAUUGACAAAGUGAAUGUGUAUCAGUGCAUUUGUGCUGAUGGCUGGGAAGGAGCACGCUGUGAAAUUAACACAGAUGACUGCAGCUUGAAUCCAUGUCUAAACAAGGGAACAUGUCAAGACCUGGUGAAUGACUUUUACUGUGAAUGCAGAAAUGGCUGGAAGGGAAAGACUUGCCACUCCCGUGAGAGCCAGUGUGAUGAAGCCACAUGUAACAAUGGUGGUACCUGCCAUGAUGAGGGGGAUACCUUUACAUGCAGGUGCUCACCAGGCUGGGAGGGUGCAACUUGCAACAUAGCCAAGAACAGCAGCUGUCUGCCCAACCCUUGUGAGAAUGGAGGCACCUGUGUAGUCAGUGGCGAAUCUUUCACCUGUGUGUGUAAAGAAGGUUGGGAGGGUGCCACCUGUUCUCAGAAUACCAACGACUGCAGUCCACACCCAUGCUACAACAGUGGGACUUGUGUAGAUGGAGAGAACUGGUACCGGUGUGAGUGUGCCCCAGGCUUUGCUGGCCCUGACUGUCGCAUAAAUAUUAACGAGUGCCAGUCCUCACCUUGUGCCUUUGGUGCUACAUGCAUAGAUGAGAUCGACGGCUAUCACUGCCUUUGUCCACCUGAACGGACUGGGCCUCAUUGUCAAGAAAUCACGGGGAGGCCCUGCAUUUCUGACGGAGGUCAAAUUACCGCUGAUGGUGUAAAAUGGGAAGAAGACUGCAACACCUGUCAGUGUCAUAAUGGAAAGGUCCACUGCACCAGGAUGUGGUGUGGGCCGAAGUCUUGUCGGAUCGGUAAAGGCCAUGGUGGAUGCCGGUUGGGCCAGUCUUGUAUCUCCAUCAAAGAGGAGCAUUGUUUUGUGAAGCCCUGCCAUGGCCUGGGAGAGUGCUGGCCCUCCGCACCCCCUCCACCAAACUCCAAAUGCCAGCAUAGCUUCCCUUACCAGGACAACAGCUGUGCCAACAUCACAUUCACCUUCAGUAAAGAGACCAUGCCUCGAGGUCUGAGUAUAGAACAUGUGUGUAAUGAGCUGAGACAGGUGUAUGUGGUGAAGAACCUGUCCUCAGAGUAUGGUGUUUCCAUCACCUGCGAUCCGUCCUUCUCUGCCAGCAAUGAGAUUCAUGUCAGCAUAUUUAUUGAAGAGCCAAGGUUGGACAGGAGCCCUAUUAAAGAGAUCACUGAUCGGAUUAUAGACCUGGUGAGCAAGCGGACUGGCAACAGCUCUAUUAUUACAGCUGUCACAGGAGUGCGUUUGCAGCAGAGGCAAAACCCCAGCAAAACAGACUAUCUGGUUCCUCUGCUCAGCUCCAUCUUCAUCAUUCUCUGGAUCAUGGCCUUUGUAAUGUCCUUCCUGUGGUGUAUUCGUCGCCGUCGGAAACAGAAUGCCCAUGGCAAUACAGCAGCCUCGGCCACCGAGGACAACACCACCAACAACGUGCGUGAGCAGCUAAACCAGAUCAAGAACCCAAUUGAAAAACAUGCAGCCCAUAGUGUUGCCAUAAAAGACUACGAGGGGAAGAACUCGAUCAUUGCCAAAAUUAGGACACACAAUACAGAGGUUGAGGAGGAGGAGAUGGAGAAGCACAUGCAGAAAGCGCGAUUCACCAAGCAACCAGCCUACACGUUAGUGGAGAAGGAGGAGCGAACACCUACCAAAACCCCCAACUGGACUAACAAACAGGACAACAGAGACUUGGAGACAGUGCACAGUUUAAAUAGGAUGGAGUACAUCGUAUAGCAGGCAACUGUGUUGCCACAUGACCAAACCCCUCCUCAGUACCCAUGUACUGAUAGCACAGAGGCUUGAGGAGGCUGAAUCAUUUCAAACUGUUGUGUCGUACCUUUGACUCUAAGGUUUAUUAUUUGCGGAGUCCCUGUGUUAAUUUAAGUUUCGACAAGCUGGCUUACACUGGCUUACAACUGAUAGUUGUUGUGGUUGGCUGGAAAAACCAAAGUGCUGUAUUUCACGUCCAUGCAAAAACUAGUUUGCAAGUGUCUUCCUGCUUUACAAAAACGACAACACUACCAGCACCACAUACAUUUCCAAUGUCUAUUUUUGUGGAUACGUUUGAGUAUCUUUGAGUCUUUGUACUAUUUUCAGAUGGUCUUAAGGUUUUUUUUUACUAUUAUUAUUAUAAUGACAAUAUCACUGCUCAAGUAGUUUUUUCUAUUGAUUGUUGGGGCUCUCUCUGGUUAGAUUUUACUAUUAUUGUGUACUAAAAGUGCCUGUGCAGCUCCUCACCACAUCAACAGACUUUUUAACAUGACAAAGGAAAAAAGACAAAUGCAGAAAAAUACACAGAAAAAAUAUUAUUUAUUAUUUUUCUUUACUUGGUGCAGGAUGUGUCUGUCUUGCCUGGGUCGAGACUGUCCAGAAUGUAGUUAAUUCCUGCCUUAGAGCUUAGGCUCAGUAGACCUUAAUUAAAAUUCUUCUUACCAUCAUUUAUAAGGAUACAAAGCACAAUGUUCAUUGAUAGCUUUAGCCCUGAGAUGUUACUAUUAUUUUCGGCUUUCAAGCUUUCAAAAAGCAUGAAUAGUCUGUGUUUCUAAUACCAGUGGGAACAACACUCCCUGUUCUAGCACUAGAUGCAACCAAGAGAAUGCAUUGUCAGAAAUGCAACAAAGGUCUAUUAAGCCUGAUUAAUGAAGUAAUUGUCUUUUUGCUAAUUUUAUGAAGCUAUUAAAGUACACAACUAAUGUGGCCAAUCUUGCUUUCUAGUUGUUAAUAUAACCACUUCCUAGUAGCUCCAACUGAUAUGGAGCUCAUAUAAAUAAACAUUACUGACCACUGCCCACUAAAGGUGUCAGUGUUAAAGAUUCAGAUUCUGUUUGUUGCACUGUAAACAUUACUGUGAAAUCUAACAACUGUGGACAAUAAUGGUCAUCAGGCGAUUAUGUAAUAGUUGUGACAGGUCUAGCUUGAAAUCUUUUCAACCAAAGAUUUAUUGGAUAUUAACCUCUAGUUUAAAUAAUUGCCCAGUGUUAAUUCCAGUGAAAAGCUACAGGAGAACGAUUUCUCAGUACUGAAGCUUUUAUGGACUUGCGCUGUGUCCUCUCAUAAAUGAAACCUCAGUUUUAGAUUCUAUAUUGUAAACAGCAGUAGCCUUGUCACUCAUUUCACAUGUGUAUGCCACAUUACAAGGACCUUACAGAUGAUUAUGCAGUGGAUUAUGUCUGCAACAGUAAGUACGACCAGGGGCAGUACAUGGCCAAAUGUAAGCAACACUAGACUGUAAGGCAGGUAGCAAGAAAUUGGCACUGUCUGGCCCCAGGCAAGGGUCUGUUCACAGCUGCUGCCAAUAUGAAGAAUUGUUCAUUUAGAAAUGUUGUGUAGAUAUGUACAUUUGUUCUUAAUUAAUCACUGUGUAUAUUUGAUUUAUUAACUUAAUAAUCAAGAGCCUUAAAAUAUCAUUCCUUUUAUUUAUGUGUACUGUCUAGUUUUGAAGGUUUUGAAAGCUUUUUAAGCUUAUGGCUUCUUAUUUUGACAACAAAUUAGUUUCAUGUUUUAUAGAUGCCAAAAUUUUGAAGAGAAAAAGAGCUAUUUUUAAGAAUAGGUUGGGCAUGUGUGAGCCUGAAAGUUUUUUUUUCCUUUGGUAUAUUGUUAGAUAUUAUUUUGAAAACUCUGUUGUAUCCAUUUUGACAGGUGAGGUGAGGAACGUAAGAAAAACAGCUGCUUUUGUUUUAUUACAUGGCUUUGGUGGCAAACACGUUGGUUGUCACAAAUGAAAAGCAAUGUAAAGGAACAAAUCUGCUUUUGGUUAUCUGUUUUUCUUUUUAUGGGUUAACCUACUGAAAUUAGAGAAUGUCUUUAAAACAUUGCUAAUAUAAAUGAUUUUGCCUCCGAUUUAGUUUGCAUGACAUCAUAAGCUAGGUGUUAAAUACUUGAACAGUGGGGGGGGGGGCAAUGAGAACACCCAAACCAGCUCCUGGAGAUCGAUACACUCUUAAAAAUAAAGAUGCCAAAAAAAGGUUCUUUGGCAUGA